AUUAAACAAGCUACAAACGUAUCAACUUUUGUCAGGUUGCGAAACGCUAAAGCUCGUCUGUUGUCGCCAAGUUAGCAUGCUACAUUAGCAGACGUUAACGUUGGCGUCGUGCUACAUGUUAAAGGGACUGGUGUCUAACUAACUCUAUUUUGUGUCCGAGUCAAGUCAAACGCUUCUUGCACCACAUUUAAAAAAAAUGCCAUGAACGCACAGAUUGAUUGUGGAACUAGCUGAAUGGUGACCCACUACCCACAAUGCAGCAUUCUGUUGCUGUUUGAUGGUCCUGGCUAAGCUCGUUAUCUGUUCGACUUGCUGAUGCCUGAACAAAGAAGACAAAACAAAGCGGCGUCGCUGUCAGGCAGGAUGUUGCGGCUACGUUGUAAGACCAAAAAUGGGAGCCACAUUAUGCAGGGUUUGACUCACCAGUCUUGUGUCCAAGAACUGAAGAGUAAGGUGGAGGAGCUGACUGGAAUUCCAUGUGAUGUGCAAAAAAUUAUGGUUGGUUACCCACCCUCCAGCCUUGACCUUCGAAAUGGAGACGCACACCUUAAGGAUUACCCCAUCAAAUCAGGAGACACACUCAUUGUUGAGGAAGAAAAGAACAAGCCAAAGCCUCAGGAUCGUCCUGCUGUAACUAAACCGCCAUGCCUAGAAGCCUCACCUGUACUAGCACGCCGAGUGGUCCCUGCUGACAACUCCUGCCUCUUCACUAGUGUGUAUUAUGUGGUGGAAGGGGGUGUUUAUGACCCUGCUUGUUCCCCUGAGAUGCGAGGCCUCAUUGCGCAGAUUGUGUCCAGUGAUCCUGCAGCUUACUCUGAAGCAGUACUAGGAAAGACCAAUGAGGAGUACUGUGCCUGGAUAAAGCGCGAUGACACCUGGGGAGGAGCUAUUGAGGUCUCGAUCCUGUCAAAGUUUUACCAGUGUGAGAUCUGUGUGGUGGACACUCAGACGGUGCGAGUGGAUCGGUUUGGAGAAGAUGCUGGCUACCACAAACGCGUUCUACUCAUCUAUGAUGGCAUUCACUAUGACCCACUGCAGAAAGAGACGCCCGGCUCUGAUGCCCCGGCCCAGACUAUCUUUUCCACCACAGAUGACAUAAUCCUGGCACAGGCGUUAGAGUUGGCAGACGAGGCCCGUCGCAAGCGGCAGUUCACGGACGUUAACCGCUUUGCAUUGCGCUGCAUGGUGUGCCAGAUGGGCUUAGUGGGACAGAAGGAAGCCCGUGAUCAUGCCAAGGAAACAGGCCACACCAAUUUUGGUGAAGUUUAAACUUUUCUUUUCCCUUUUCACACCCUUCCCUUAAGUACAAGAAUACAACCCUGUGCCCAUGUCUGACAACUGUCUGCUUGUGACCCUCUACCUCACAUUGUCCAGUGACAUCUAUGGAGAAUCUGCAGGCACUGUGUUCAAGCCUCUAACUUGUUCAGUAUUACACUUAACUGCUGUCAGUUCUCAAAGUCAGAAACACUACUGCAGUGCUCCGAUGUAUUUCAGCCAUCACGUCUGCUAGGAUUGGUUUUAAACCUGUUGAACGUGGUCAAGGAAAACAAGCAAAUGAUUCUUAGGACGUGUUUCAAUCUGUUUAGAGUCUUUGAUGGAUGGGUUGGUUUGAGACAAACCAAAUAAUCACUGACCUGUCGUCAGUCAGAGCGACUGUACGUCAGCUAAAACCCCCCCUAUCUGGUUCUAAUACAAUUUUAAAAUAACUUCUAAAAUGAUUUGCACUGUUCUGAUCCUCUUCACUAUUGUCUUAAACACAGCACACUAAGUUUGACUGUUACUCAUCAUGUUGCUUAUGUAGCAUGCAACAGGUUUUGUUUUCUUUGUGGACAAAUGUUUGUCAGAAUCACUUCAAACUGUUCAUUUGACUUUAUUAGUAUUAACGGAUCAUCAUGGUUGGGCUGUGUAUGCUGGAUUCAUUUAUACACACAUACCUUUGCUGAACAGUGGCUGGUGACAGUGAAGUUUGAUUGUGAUUGAGAUUGUGUUUUCAAACCAUAUCAUAUUGCAGAUUGUGAUUCAAACUGAUCCCUGUGGGCAGUUUUUGAUAUUGCAACAUUGUUUAUCUGUGAAUUUAUUUUAAAUCAGAUUAAAUAAAAUAAUGGUGCUGAAAAAUAAUUUUACAAGAUCUGUUGAGCUCAGUUGUUCUCACAGAUGUGACUGAGGUGGUUUCUUGAAGUGUAAUUUUUUGCGCAUAAACUUCAUCAUGCUUUCAGAACUAAUCCUUUAAGAAAUACUUUGUUUAAUGUUGCAGGUUUUGUAAACAUGUUUUUGAGUAUUGCUUUUUAGAACAAAUUGGCGAGUACUGUGACUGAUCUGAAACAAGUCAGUUGAAGACACACUGUACGAGAUCCUGAUCACCCAGUGCAUUUACCAUCAGCUACUGCCCAUGCAUUAACCAGGACAAACUGUUUACCUCUCGUAUUUGCAUCUGUUGUUGUAGUGAAAACUGCCAAUUGGUUACGUUUUUUGUUGCACAGUUGGAUGACGUUCUCACAUUUUCAGUCAGUCAGGUAUUUUUAUUCAUUAUUUUAAUUCUAUAACGCUCACUGCCUGUCUCAAUCAAACAUGGACACAGUAAAGAGAUCAAAUGUUCUAAUAGGAGGUGGCCAAUUAGGUAUUUGUGGCAUUAGUGCCCAGUAUAUUAUGCAGAAUAAUGAUUUGUUGCCAAAAAGGUACAUUUAACAAGCUUGGCCAGUUUUAGAAGUUCAUGUUAGAAAUAAUGGCAAAGCAAAAAGUGUCAGAUUGCUGGUUUGUGUGAAUGUGAAUUAUUGCUACUCCACUUUUGAUUACAUUAGCUAGUAUAUUUUACCAGUGAUUGAGCUUGCAUAAAGGUGAAACUAAGAAAAGGCUUUGUUGUAUUUUGUAUUAACUAUGUUCUCAUGACUCUUUAGGGACAAUAACAAUGAAUGUUGCACACAGAGCACUGCAGAAUAACUGGAUUUACUUGAGUUUUUCAGUGUUGUGUCACAAAUAAAGGCUGUAGCCAGUGA